AUGACAUGUGUUGUACUGUGUGUUGCUACGAUAGUCCGGACUAUGACUCCCAUGAACUCCGAGAAAAUCCUGGCACUGUACUCCUGGGCCGGAUGUGAUUUGCCAGGAAAUGAAAGUGCAGUCGGCUACAUUUUGGGCUGGAGCAUGGCAAUAGUAGGUGCAGUAAUUGGGCUGCUGUUUACAAUUCGUCGAUGGCCGAAUAUCGAGCGCCGUGUGGAAGCUGCACGAUCGGCCCCGGCGGCCGUUGUGGAAGGAGUGACGUCAUCUGAAGCGCCUAUCGAAGACUACGACUGCUCCAUCAUGUAGCUGUGGAUGAUUUUAACCUGU